AGGUUGAGUACAGAGAGCGUGAUGGUCUCGAUUGGACAUCACAGAGAUGCAUGACAACCCGCACUGAGGUGAAGGAGCUGCAGCCAGACACCAUGUACAGGUUCAGGGUGGCAGCAGUGACCAGUCGAGGUGUGGGGAACUGGACAGAGGUGAAAUCCAUCACUCCUAAGAAAGCUCUGCCCCCCCCCUCUGUGAUCGCCGACAGCCUCACCAGUGACUCCAUGAGUCUUUCCUUCAGCCUGAACUCGCAGUACGACGUGAAACAGUACAUCGUGAUCCUGUCGUGGCAGUUUGACAAACACGUCAAGGAGAGCAAGAACUACACAGUCAGAGAGGGGAUUCUCAAAGCUACGAACCUGACGGCAGGAACUGUGUACGAAGUGGCUGUGUGGGCUCACACCAGCAUAGGAGACAGUCCCACUGCCCUGUCCCAUCAUCAGACCGCCAGCACGCAGCCAGAGAGGCCGUUCCUCAAAGCCAAGGCUCUGAAUCAGACAGCUGUGGACUGCAGCUGGACCAUCAGCGGACCCCCCGUUCAGAUGUACGGUGUGUUUUAUGCCACCUCCUUCCUGGAUUUGUAUCGGAGUCCUCACCUGGUCCGCACCACUUCCCUCAGCCUCACAGUCACAGUGGACAGUGAUGAACAGUAUCUCUUCCUGGUGCGUGCGGUCUCCCCCUUCCUGGGUCCUCCCUCCGACUACUCUGUGGUGAAAAUGAUUCCCAACGAGAGGCUGCCUCCCAGAAACCUCCAUCGUGUGCGAGUAGACAAAACACAGGCCACGCUGAAGUGGCAGCCGCCUUAUGACGCCCCGAACAGCGCUCUGACAUAUGCAGUCCACGUGCGGGACGUCAUCCGUAAAGUGGAGCGUGAUUACAAGGUGACCACACCCAACAACACAGUCGAGUACCUGCUGAAAGGCCUGGAGCCCGGAGGACGCUACAGCAUCUCUGUCCGCCUGCGCAACAUGAGCAAGGAGGCCAGCUUCACUCUCAACACAGUUCCUCUUCCUGCUCCUGAGGCUCUGAAGAUCUUGACAGAGAAAGACCACGUGUUUCUCUUCUGGAAGAGUCUGGCCGUCAGAGAGAAGGACUUCAACGAGAGCAGGGGGUAUGAAGUGCACGUACAUGACAGCGUCACCAACCAGACGUCCUACCUGGGAAACACCACAGAGACCUACUUCCGCAUCAGCAGCCUGCUGGUGAACCACAACUACACGUUCACAGUGCAGGCCCGCUGCCUGCUCAGCGGUCAGCUGUGUGGGGAACCCGCUCUGCUGCUCUAUGACCAGCUGACAGCAGGGGCCAGUGACGCCUCCCGCAGCGAAGGCCACUCGGGGGACAUGGCAGCAGUGGUAGUGCCCGUCCUCUUCCUGCUGCUGCUCGGAGUGUGUGGCAGCUUGGUGGCACUCUACCUCCGUCACCGCAGACUGCAGAACAACUUCACAGCCUUUGCCAACUCCCACUACAACUCUCGCUUGGGCUCUGCCAUCUUCUCAUCAGGGGAUGAACUGGGUGAUGACGAUGAAGACGCUCCCAUGAUCAGCGGCUUCUCAGACGACGUUCCCAUGGUCAUCGCGUAGCAAGACAUCCCUCCAUUACCUGUUUAUCUCUCCGCCCUCCUCCUCGCCUUCUCUUUCUCUGCCCCCCCAACCCCAUCGCUCCGCCCUCCCUCCCCCCUCCUCCUCCCUUCCUUCCUU